CGCAUUUUCCCUCUUUAAUAUCUUACGUUAAAUUCAUUAUAAUUUUAUAUUUGACUUGACUUAAGUUCACACACAGAAAGUAUUUGGACAUAUAUAGGCCUCACAUUGCAGCAGACAGCAACAUUUUAUACAACCUGCAAACCAAUUUCUAAGUUUCUUACAAGUGCAACAACUUACAAGUAACUGAUGUGACAGUGAAUUAGAUUGCUUGUUUUACGGGAUUUUUAGCUGUGUGGGUGUCCAAAGGUGUCCUUCAUCUCAUUUAUUAAGGACAUGAACAGCAUAUCCAUUGUUUUAUCAUUUUAAACCAAAAAUGUGUUUGUGAAACUAUUUGUGCUUUUAUAUACCAGCUCAGUGCCCUUUACUUUAACUGUAUGAUGCAGUCCAUAGCCUACUCUAAACUCUAUUUCAAUUCUAUAAUGAAAUGAUAGCUUUUUGUUGAGUAAAACCAUUCUCCGUGUAGAUCUUGAAACACAUCUUUGAACCAGCGUGAAAUGGUGAAGGGUCAUUGUGAUGCUUUCUCUUUCGUCAGCACCUGACCAAGUAGUUCUUACUUCUAUUUAUUUUCUACUCUUUCUAUCCUAAAAAAAGAAUCCUUAGCUUUGUAUACUGUGGUAGGGCUAUAUGAGACCAAUUUUACAGCACUUGUGCUUUUUGUUGUUCCAAUUGCUUCUAUUGUUUCCCUCAUUUGUAAGUCUAAACGACUAAAUGUAAAUGUAUGCUUUGAUGUGCGGAUGUUUCUUUUUAUUAUCAUCUCUUAACUCCUAACCAUUUAUCAGCACUAGAUCUGAUAUUAUGUGUCUUAGAAAUACUAAAUAUUAAGCAGAGUAUAGGUUCAGCAGCAGCACAACCCCCCGUCCCUCAUCGCCUCUAGUUUUAUUCACUGUCUGUCCUCCCGUCUUACUCUCAUUUUCAGUCAGUGUGUAGGAGAGUUAGGGUGGCAGCAGCUCUUUGUUUGCAUGUCAUUGCUUGCCCUUGUGUUGCGUCCGGACAAAGGCUAUUGUCAGUGCAGCCACAAAAAGAGACACUCUCGCUCUUGGUCCUCCUCAUUUUCUCACACUACCCAUGUCUUGGUACAAACCCACCCCCACACCAGCACAUGACCAGUGCUCCCAGUGUCCCGGCUGCUUUAUGCGCUCUUGUUCCCAUCAUCUACAAUGCUUUUUCAUUUGGCACACUUGAAUGGAUGGUGAACAGACGCCUGAGGUGGUUUUUAUUGAGAAUGAGCUGUAUUUGUAACGUUCAUACUGUAGUAGAGUGAAAGUAACUAUGUAAAACCAAAUUCAAAUAUGUAAAUGUGUGAUUUUUUCAGAUUAUGUAUGCAGCAUGUAAACAUGGUUGCAUCUCAUGACUGUAACCCCAUAAAGUAGAUCUCCAGGAGCAGGACUGGGCACUCCUGUGUUAAAGGGUGAUUGAGCUGUUAUGUGUUAUUGCUGAGGACGUAGAGGAUUGAUGAGCUGAUGCAAACAUGAUCACACAGCGUAAUAAUUGGAGUAUUGCAGGAAAAGAAUGAGUUGUUAUGAAUGCUGUAUGCGCUGUCUGGGAGGUGUGCCUUACAUCUCUGUGGUGGCCACUCUUCUGUGUUUCUCUGGCAUCGCUCUGUUCUGCGGCUGUGGACAUCAGGCCCUCACCGAGAGCGAGAGACUCAUCGAGACCUACUUCACCCGAGACCAUCAGGACUACAUCACACUAGCGUACCUUAUUGAAUAUUUCCAGUAUGUUAUCUAUGGCCUGGCGUCCUUCUUCUUCCUGUACUGUAUCGUGCUGUUAGCCGAGGGCUUUUACACCACCAGCGCAGUGCGGCAGACGUUUGGAGAGUUUCGCAGCACUGUUUGUGGCCGCUGUCUCAGCACAUCGUUCAUCGUGAUCACAUACGUGCUGGUUGUCGUCUGGUUACUGGUGUUUUGCCUCUCUGCACUUCCUGUGUAUUUCUUCUACAACAUGUCAAACACCUGUCAAACUAUAAACUUUCUCUCCGAGACGCCAUCCAGCAUUAACCAGCUGUGCAUUGACGCCAGGCAGUACGGUCUACUUCCGUGGAAUGCGGUACCAGGAAAAGCUUGUGGAAUGAUCCUGUCUAAUAUAUGCAAGACAAGAGAGUUUUUCUUGACUAAUGAUUUGUACUUGGCUGCAUUUGCUGGGGCAGGAAUGACAGUCUUGGCUUUGCUCACAUAUACUGUGUCCACCACCUAUAACUUCGCUGUUCUGCGGUAUCUGGGGAGAAAAGGCAUCAGUCCACGAUGUUAAAGCUUCUCUCCUGGGCUUCACUGCUUCCUUCUACUGUCAGUAACAGCACCAUCCAGGAGCACUUUGGAGUUGAUCAUCUUCAUCUUUUCCAGAGCACAAAACCUUUUCUUUACUCUCGUUUACAUUUAUGGACUUUUUAAAUAAGCAUUUUGAUCUUUUUGUCUUCACCCCUGCUUUUCUUUAGGUAGUGUCAAUUUUUAGUAAAUGAUGCUGCCUUAAAGUCCUCCUGGUAAGUUAAAUCUUGUAACUGAUGAAGAUAUAAAAUAGAUCGGUGUUAGUGAUCUCUUUAAUUACUCAGUGACAGGAAGGGUUUUAGUACAAGUACAUUAAAUAAAAAGCUAAAUACUUUUAGGUUUUUUACUUUUGUUUAUUAUGCCUGAUGGAUGGAUGUCAAGUCUACUGUGGUUUAUAGCCAUCAGUGCACAGACAAAACUGUACCAUCAACAUUCCCAACAAAAUUGUAAUAGUGACAUAUUAAAGCGAUAAUUCACCCCCGAAUUAAAAAUGUGCUGUUUAUUUACUCACCCCGAGGCCAUCUGAGAUGUAGGUGACAUUUUUUCUGGACUUGAACAAUAAACCCUCAUCUAUAGGGGCCUCAUUUUUGGAUGUUGCGUAGAAACCGUCUUAAAUUUGAUUUUACGAAAAUUUCUGUUAAGUGUGUAUGUGUGAUUCAUAGAACAAACGUACACACAGAUAACACAUGUACGCCUCUCUAUUAGAGGUUAAGUCUAUAAAUCGCAAAUGAUCGUGAAAUUGCACACAGCUAACAGUUUCAGAUCUCUGCCUUUUAAUGAUGUCUAAUUAAUGUCAUUGAUAUAUAAAUAGCAGCUGUCAACAUCCAAAUUCUUUAUGAGCGGCAAUAAUGACUUAAAUUUCCAAAAACCUGCAGCACUUGGACAAGCAAAAGUGCAUACGUCUGCUCAUACCCUGACGUGGCACUAAGCACUUUUCCACGUCAAAGACCGUUUUUAUAAAUAUGAACGUUGCUGUGGAUUUUUUGCGCACGUUUAAUAAAUGUGGCCCCAGAUCUCUAAGAGUUCUAAGAGCACAUGUAUCCAACACAAGCGUGAUCCCUGUGGCUCCUGGUGACAUAUUGAUGUCGGUAACACUUUAGAAUAAUGGUCCGUUGUUAACAAGUAACUAUGCAGAAAGUAAUAGGCAGUACUACAUGAAAUAUAUCUCUAUGGAUAGGCUAUACUGUAUAUGUAGAAUAUAUCCAUUCAUGUUUUGGUAUUUGGCUUUUGGUAUUUGUAUUUAUUCAUAAAUUAGUUUCCACAAACAACCUAUUUUUUCACUUUAUGUACGUUAAUGUUGAGAUUAGUAAUUAAAUGUUUUUUCUUUAUUAAUUGGUCAUAGUUCGCAAGUAAUUGUCAAUGAUGGCAUUUUUCUUUAGUAAUGAUCAAAUACCAAAUAAGGAACUACCUUUGUCCUAAAUUAGCUAUUACUUACUGCUUAGUUAAUCUUGCUUCUAUAUUAGUUAAUAGUAUUAAGGUAAGUGUUAAUGUAGUACUGCCUAUUACUUUCUGCAUAGUUACUUGUUAACAACGGACCAUUAUUCUAAAGUGUUACCUUGAUGUCUUGUGAAGUGAUUUGAUCGUUACUUGCAAUAAACUGAACUCAAUUCAUUUAUCAAAUUUAUGAGCGGUAAUGUACAGCUUCCGCCAAACGCCCUGAUCGCUGGGGUGUAAGUCGCAAGAUGAUCUCCAGAAAUAUGUUUUUUGAAAUUAUAGAAAUAGCGUAUUUAAUCAAUAAGUGUAACAAAAUAUUAAAAUAUUGGAAAAGUUCAAAAACCAGGCAAAUAAAAAGCUUUCAGCCUUUGGAAUUUCCUUCCCCUCGAUCGUGAGGUGAUUACAUCACAUUAACAUCAUAAGCAACCGCAACAGGUUAGGUGCAGCAAGCCAUUUUACAGCACCAUGUUAAAAAUUCCCAUUGUUACUUCCCAGGACGUAUUUGUUUGUGGUGUGUUGUUUCUCUCUCUCUCUACUUGCCAGUAGGAGGUAAUGGCCACCACCUGAUAUCAAUGAUUGGCUGGUGAUACCGAUUGGAGGAUGAGAGGGAGCAGCAGAGUUUUAAGCAGCACUUCCACUACAGAAAAUGUGGUUGUGUGUGCGUGGAGGCUCUGUUCCCCGUGUUGUUCAGCGGAGAUUCUUUGUGAAUAUUGGUUUCCUCUUCAUUUCUUUUUUAUGACAUUGAGGUAUACUGCUGUUGUAAUUGUCAUUCUUCUCAGCCAGAAAGCCUCAUAUAUAUACAGUAUAUUGUAGGGUUAUUUUUGUUUGUAUUCUAAUUUUGGUUAUUGGAUUUGUAAAGUAAGUUUGAACUGUUCAUUUGGGGAUGGGGUGUAAGUAGAGAGGGGGUGCCGUUUUCUUUCUGGACUUGUUUUCUCCUGUUUAUGUUAGUAAUGGAGUUAGGGUAUUUUGAUGUACUUUUGUUUUCUAUUCUUUUGGAAGGUUAGCUAGAUUCUGGGUUUUAGUUAGAAGUGUUAUGUUUGUUGUUUUGGCCUUAGCCCCCUCUCGAAGUCAUUAACAACCCUCCUGCAUCUAAGACAAUAAAUGAAUACCUUUCUUGCAUUUAAGUUUUGAAUUGUGAUGUUUCUCUUGUAAUUUCCUCUUAUGGGGUUUAUUACAUUGCCUUAUUGCUGACACACACACACAACACCAUUUUUAUUCUGUUACGUGACCCAGCGAUCCCUAGACUUGAUACGGGAACGUAACACCAUAUGUGCACGCAGAUUAUUUUUCAGGCUUUAAGUUUAGGAUAUUUUCAUUUGUUGGAAUGAAACGUUGGUUGAUAUCAUCCAAAGACAACACAGGGAGGCCAGAAGCGCCGCAGUUAGAAAGGAUAUCGACCUCAGGUACAAAAACAGACUGGCGUUUGCAUAAAAAGGACAUCCAUCAGCACUCGAAUCAGUUUGAUGAGAUUUGACUAUCUGCAGGCUAGUAAUAGUUUAUGGUUUAUGUAUAAAAACAAGUAAAGCAAUGAGUAAAUUAUUAUAAAAUAAUAUGUUAGACUGUGUUCUUUUGUGUUGUCAUUAUGCCUGGGUUUUGAUAGACCUAAUAAGUGCAUGUGUGCAGUUGCAUGCAACGUUUGUAUACUUUAACCACCUCCGAGGAUAGUGGGGGUCUCAAGUCACUGUUAUUUUGGGGGUCGUGGGCUGAAAAGUUUGGGAACCUCCCUGAUUUAUGCGUCAUUUUCGUGCGAUCAGGACUUUUAGCAGUAGCUAAAAUGGCCUGAGGGUGAGUAAAGAAACAGUAAAUUUUAAUUAUGGGGUGAAUAUCGUUGUUGUUUCCAACAUGAUUUGGGGAAAAAAGAAAAUUCUGAGUUCAUGUGCACUCAUCAUCAUAAGUGUAAGGUAGCAUUAAUAUAAGUUUUAUACAAAAGCAAUUAAUUUGUAUUAUUUCAUUAUAUCAAAUGUUAAUGUCUACAGUAUGUACUUGAGCCUCUUUGAGACAGCAGGUUAAGAUACAGUUUUGAAUAAAAAUAAACAAAUAAGAUAAGAUAAUGGGGAGCCUUGGUGAGAUCAAGGAAAGAAAAAAAAACUGGUUUCCGUGGUGAUUAUCCCUCACAUCUGGUUGCUAUGGAGCCAGACGCAGAAAUGUGGUGUUUUCUUGUGACCCCCACACUUUUUUCUCACAGCCUCUUAAGAAGGUUGGGAAAGGCCUAAACAAUGAAGCAUGCUUACUUUGUUCAGGAACCAAUUAGAGGAAAGUCUCUGCACAAACCCAUGCUAGGGGUCCAAAGAUUUCACCCACUCACAGAGAAGGUGCCGGGACCUUCAGCUAAAUAAAAGCCCUUCUGUGACUGGUGCACAGAUGGGAGAAAUACUGUUAGAUGUUAAUGUUAAACUCUUAAAACUUGUGAAACCGAAGUAAAAGACACUUUAGGAAAAACAGCUGCCAUUCCAACCAUAGCCUAAUUUUCUGCUUGCUAUAGAUAACACUACUUUCAUAUUGUUUGUAAAAGUUAAAGGGAUAGUUCACACAAAAUUCUAAUUUGCUGUUUAUUUACUCACCCCCAGGCCAUCCAAGAUGUAGGUGACAAUUUUUCUUGAGUAGAAAAAUAAAGAAGAUUGUUUGGUAAAUCCGCAGCCCUGUGCUUCAUUUAAUGGAUGUAUUUGGGGUCCACUUGUCCAAGAGUUCCUGAAGCACAUAAUUCCAACAAAAGUGGCUCCUGGUGACAUAUUGAUGUCUUGUGAAGCGAAUCGAUCGAUAUUUGCAAUAAACUGAACGCCAUUUUUAAUAAAAUUAGCGGUACUAUACAGCCUCUGCCACACGUCCUGAUCACGAUCUUCUUUUUGUAGUAUUCGGUGGCAGAUGGCAUAGCAGCUUCUGGUACGUUUAGCACCACCUGCAGAAAGGGAGUGUUUGAUACUGUGCAUACUUCAUUUUCAUACUUGUGACUUGCAAAGCAAUGACU